CUCUGUGUGUGCGCAGACGGAGAAAGGCUGAUAUAUAGAAAUAACACAUGCUCAAAUUAGCUCGCUUUUUCUGAAAACACACACGCUGGAUGCUUUACUCUAAGGAUACGAUGAGAAGGAGAACAGUGAUUUGUGUUAAUAAAUUAACAGUGUACCCGUUUUAGUGGGGAGAUUUUAAGCAAUCACUAGCAAAACAAGCUAGACCUGCCUAGCAAUGGAGAACCAGGCAGUAGAGCUGCUACAACAGCAGAGCUUCGAGGACAUUCGGAAAAGCGGUUAUCUUCGCAAGCAGAAGUCUAUGCACCGGCGAUUCUUCGUUUUGAGGGAAGCCUCGGAACAGGGCCCUGCCCGACUAGAAUAUUAUGAGAAUGAAAAGAAAUUCCGCAGCAAGUCACCUGUCCCAAAAAAGGCACUGAAUUUGGAGACUUGCUUUAACAUCAACAAGCGGGCGGAUUCCAAGAACAAGCACAUGAUAGUGCUGUAUACCCGCGGGGAGAGCUUUGCCAUUGCAGCAGAUAGCGAGGAGGUCCAGGAUGAAUGGUACCAAGCCAUGCUGGAUCUUCAGUGGAAAUGUAAAAGCCCAGAGGACUGUGGUAGUAGUGGUGAGUUUGGACUCCCUUCUCCUCCAGGCUCCAUCUUCAAGGAGGUGUGGCAGGUUAAGGUGUGGCCUAAAGGACUGGGCCAGGCCCGAAACCUAGUGGGCAUCUACCGGCUGUGCCUGACUGACAAGACAGUCAACUUUGUCAAGCUCAACUCUGACGUAGCCGCUGUGGUCCUGCAGCUGAUGAAUGUCCGCCGUUGCGGCCACUCGGAGAACUUCUUUUUCAUCGAAGUGGGCCGCUCGGCCAUGACUGGGCCUGGGGAGUUCUGGAUGCAGGUCGAGGACUCUGUGGUGGCUCAGAACAUGCAUGAAACCCUGCUGGAGGCCAUGAAGGCUCUCAGUGAGGAGUUCCGCCAGCGCACUAAGUCCCAGUCUGUGGGCGCUUCAGGUGGUGGGGGCACCGCCUCCAACCCCAUCAGUGUCCCCACCCGGCGCCACCAUCCCAACCUCCCCCCCAGCCAGGUGGGCUUUGGCAGACGAGCUCGGACCGAGACCCCAGGAGCAGGCACUUCGCCCACUUCACGCCACGGGUUCCCAAGGGCACGCACAGCCAGCAUUGGGGGAAGGACGGAGGAGGGUGGAGGUGGAGCCAGAGGGGCAUGGGCAAGCUCCAGUCCCAGCCUAAACGGCUCAUGCUCCACUACACCUACCUUAAAACCCAAGCCCACUAGAGCUCCAACCCCAGCAAAGAUUACUCUCAGUCUGGCCCGCUACACCCCAAACCCAGCCCCCUCCCCAGCCCCAAGCCUCUCCUCCAGCUCUGGUCACGGCUCAGAGUGUGGACUGGUAGGAGGGGCGAUGGGAGGUGUAAUGAUCUGUUCUUACACCCGCGUUCCUCAGAGAGUCUCUGUGUCAGGCUCCCCAAGUGAUUACGGCUCGUCAGACGAGUACGGAUCCAGCCCUGGAGACCACUCCAUGCUGGUUCCAAGUCUGCCUGGAGGGUCCCAUGCAGUGAUGGGACACCAUGCCCAUGAAGAGGGCUCUUCCAGCUACAUAGUGAUGGGCCAGAGAGAGAACGUCCCUGUGUCACAGCGUCCUCAAGGCCGGAGGAUGCUGCGGCGCUCCUCUAGCAGGGAGUGCGAGACAGAGCGCAGACUCCUCAACAAGAGGGCCUCCCUUCCCCUGUCCGCCCAUGAACGCCUGGCCCCUCGUAGGAAGGAGGAUGAGGAGGAUGAGGACGUGGAGUACGCGGUCAUGUCGCGGAGCGUUAGCAGAGAUACCUUCGUGCCACGCCGACGCGGAUCAGGGAGCUCGGCAUCGGUGGGCUCAGCAGCCGGGGGGGUUGUUGGGGAGACCCGGGUGAAGGUUGACAGGGUCCGAGGAGAGGAGGGAGAUGUAGGAGGAGGACGAGUGGACAGCGGUUACAUGUCCAUGUUACCUGGAGUGAAGACUCCUCCUGCUUCCCUCCCUCUGUCUGUGGCUGUGUCUGAUGUCGCCCACAAACCUGGUGCUGAUGAUGAACACAUGGCCGUGACCCCCAACAGCAGUGUGUCUCCCCCCCAGCACAUCCGCCUGCCUGUCACCGAGGGCUACAUGGUCAUGUCCCCCAACAGCAGCGGCUCGCCAGACAUGCAUGGUAUGGCCAUUUGGGGUAGCAGGGGCAGCGUGGAGAGCCGGGCUGGCAGCGACUACAUGAACAUGUCUCCUAUCAGCGUCCGCUCAGCUUGCAGCACCCCCCCCUCACAACCAGAACAGAACCCGCUACAGCCCAGGAUGGUCUACUCCUACUUCUCUCUGCCAAGAUCCUACAAACACACGCUUUCCACACGCUUCGAGGAUGACUUGGAUCAAGGCAAAAGGAAAGAGGAUGAGCGUCACAGUCAUGACACUGACGGAAAUCGGGGUGGUCAAGUGGGCUAUAACAAGAGGGACAGCGCUACUGGAGGCUGUCAACUCUCCCUCUCCUCUUCAUCCUUCUCCUCCAGCUCAGCCAGCAGUGAGAGCCUGGAAGAUCGGCCCAUGUCAGUGGCGGGUGGAGGAGGGCUACGACUCACAAGAACAGGGCCAGGGUUCAAGAAUGGGGGAGCACGCUCCAAAGACGGCUCCUACCAGCAGAAACGCGCUUCACAUGGCCCAGGGGGGCAGCACAGGAAGCCACGGCCCCUUAGCAUUUCUGUGGACAUGUCAAAAGCUAACACCUUGCCCAGGGUUAAGGAGAACCUCCUCCCUACAGUACCUCAGAGCCCUGGGGAAUACGUCAGCAUAGUGUUCAGGGAUGGUAACGUGGAGGGCAGGCGAGGGGGCCAGUGGGGCCCCGAGCACGGACUGGCGAUGACCCAUGGAACCCCGAGGCCCCUGCACCGACCAGCUCUAUGCCACAGUGGCUCCACAAACCUUCCACGCAGCUUCUCGGCGCCGCUGGCCACCUCAGCUGCCUUGGCUGCCUCUGCUGAGUAUGUGAACAUGGACUUAGGAAUGGGGAACUCCCCGUGCCCCUCCCCCCGAACCCCGGUAAAGUCCCCUUUUAGCCCACCCCCAGCCAUUGCCCCCAAGCCCAGAGGUGUUGUCCAUAGCAGGUCUUCUCCACGAGCAGCAGAGGGCAAUGCUGGUGAGCAUAGAGCGGCAGUGCCAACAGACCGACCCACAUCUCAUACAGACUACACAGAAAUGGCCUUCAGCUUAGCUUCGGAGCUUAACCCUGCGCCGCCCGGCGUGCACGCUGCCCCAGCUUCAUCAGUAGAGCAGGAAUCUGACUUCCCCUCUACAAAGUCCUACUCAUCUCCUGACCAGAACCAGAGCAGAAGGCCACCCAGGGACCGGGGUGACCAGCCGGUACGGAGACGCCACCGCUCUGAGACAUUCGUUGUGACUUCUCUCCCGCUCCACCUGUCCUCCUCAGGCUCGUUGUCGGAGACACAGGCACCUCCUCAGUAUUCAGAGCUACAGGGGUGUUCACCGUGGAAGAAUGCCCAUGCAGCUAUGUCUCAAUGUGCCAUUCCCGCUGUAGCCACAGCCCAGGCUUUAUCCUCUGGGCCUGCUAAACAAGGCCUUAACUACAUUGAUCUGGACCUGGCCACUAAGGCCAACUCUCAGACUGGACUUGAAGGGGGAGCCAUCGCACCCCACAGCGUUUUUGCUCCUGUCCAAGGAGGGGCUGGUGGGGGAGUCAUGAUGGGGACCCUGACUGGUUUGGGGAACAAUCCUGCCUAUGCCAGUAUUGAUUUCUACAAGUCAGAGGAGCUGAGAACACAUCAUCAGAUCAGCAGGAAUGAAGGAAAAGAAUGUUAAUGAUCCAUUUGUAUCUGGGCAUCUGGGCAGUAUUGUCCAACACUUCUAACUAACCAUUAUGGGAUCGAUGGAAAACAGUGGUACAUCUCUUUUCUGACCUCUCCUGGAAGAGUAACAAAGUUGAAGGCAUGCCUAUCAAAUCAUCAUUAACUCUUCACCAUCCUGACCAUGUGUUAAUGUCCAAUACUAGUGUGCCAAAAGAGUAACCAACACAACACGGGUUCACUGAGGUAGAAGAAUCCAGCCAAUCAAGAGUGAUUACAGCAACUCUAACCAAUAAAAAGGAGCUAAUGAUAUUUCUUUCUUUUUCUUUAGCAUAACAUAAUGGAAAUUGUUAUAAAUAGUAUACAGGUACAUACGAAUAAAUAUAUCGUAUAUGUUCAUGAAAGCUACAUAUAUAUGUAUAUUAUACUUUUUAAAAGUGCCUAAUUUUCUGAUUGUAGCGAUUUUUACAUAGGGACUCUUGAACUGGUCUGUGAGAGGGAAAUUAUGCUAAUGUAUUGAAUAUAAUUCUGUGAAUAUUUUGAAAAUGACAAAACAUAUUAGAUAGUUAUAGUAAGCAUUAUCAAACUGCCUUACUGUGUUUGUGAAACAUACUAAAAGAAUAGCCUCUUUUUACUUUAAUCUGUGCCUCACGCUUCAGCCACAAUGAAAGCUCUCGUUCCCCUCACUCUCCUGCCUGAAACUCACCAGCUGGAUCUAAGCCAAAAAUCUGCACUCUAUAAUGCCAACAACAACACACACACUCACACACAAUUUAAUAGUCAGACAUGUGGUCCAGCUGAGUAGGUGACGGUAAUGAUAAAAUUUGCUGGUGUGAUACUCGUGUUUGCCAGGACAAUAUUACACUAACAGGCUGAGAACAGGCUCAGAUUCCUGUGCAUGUGCGUGCGAGUGUGUGUAGGAGCGAGAGAAAUAGUUGUGGUGAUGGAUUUCAAUUCAUUAUAUUAUAUCCAGGCCACAUUAAGGCUUGCCACAGCCUGUCAAUGAUAAACAGGGUAAUUUGUAUUAAUUUAUUUUUAAUUUAAAUCCUUCACUCCCUUUCUUGUUAAGCUUUCCUCACAGUGACUGGUAACUCAUAUCACACAUGACUCUCUUGUGGCCUGGUCUCAGAUCUGUUUGUGUUUUUUUGCCAAUUUGGAAAGGCCAUAAAGAUUAGCAAGACAGCACAAACAGAUGAAUUACCGGUCUGCUUCCUCUGCGCAUCCGAAAAGACACUCAAGUGCCUGGGUUCCUGUGUUAUUUGGUGUCCACACAUUCUAAUGGUUACCCUCACUCAUUCCCAUCCCCUUCCCUUAUAUAUCUUCCGUACUAGAAACAUUUUGACAUAGUGGUUCAGUUUUAUGAAAUCCCUUUAGUGAUUUUAACAUUGCCCAUUACUGCCAAUAUCUUGUGCUUUAAUGCAGAGAAGUUUAGUGCCAAGAUCCUAUAUUGCAUAGAUGGAUUACUCAAGCUUCUCUAUGGUAGCCUACACUGUUGUUACCCUUUGGUGUGUCUCACUAUAGGGGCCCAUGUUUUAUAUUCUCUUGAAAUUAUUCUCAAUUUGGGAUGUUCAUUAGAGAGCUUCUCUUACCUCAAAAUAAUUAGUCAAGAAUCUGAGAAGACGGGACAUUUGGUCUUAACCCCCCUCACCCCCCCCCCCCCCCCGACAUGUUGGUUCAUUUAACCACCGUAGCUACAGUAUUGGCAAGUCCAAGAGCUUUGUGUUUGACUGGGUAUUGUUUUACCUCUUAUUUUUUUAUGUUUUUCUAUAUUCGCUCUCACACAAUACAACACAGUAGCUGUAUAAAGACGCUUUGCUUUCUAGAAUAACCAGAAUUCUGUCAAGUCUGAAGAUUCAGUGAACUGCAGACAUGUGUCCUCAGUGGUUGUAGUGUGUUCAGAUUUGUGCGGUACAAAGUGAUGUAGAAAUGAGAUAUAUAUAUAUAUAUAUAUAUAUAUA